CCUUCGGCCGGUGGGACACGGGCGCGAGGCCGAUCAUCUCUCGCGCGGUCGUCGUCGCCGUCAACAGUGUUUGCGAUUGCCGUCGCGAAUUCCUUCUUCGCCGUCGUCUCUGCCACCGCCAUCAAACGACAAUUGGAUUUUUCGUCAAAAAACAUUAACCGUCUGCGCCAUAAUAACAAUAAUAUUAUUAUUAUUAUUAUUGCUGUUAUUACACUAUAUUGUGCCGUUAAAACAAAGUACAGUCGCACUCUCGCACAGCUUACCAAUGGUUAGCGUAACGGUGUUGUGUGCCGCCUUAUCGUCGAUGAUCGUAUGGUCUUCGGUGAUGGGUUACGAUAUGUUAGACUGUAACCGACAACUGUCAACUUUCCGAGUGUCCAAUACCGACGUGAACGGAAGGACGUGUUCCGAUGAGAUAAACGUGAUGUCAUGCUGGGGAAGAUGUGACUCAAAUGAGGUGUCAGACUGGAGGUUUCCAUAUAAACGUUCGCAUCAUCCGGUGUGCAUACAUGCCGGUCAGGUGCUUACCGAGUUUGUGCUGAGGGACUGUGACAAAGGCGUUCUACCCGGUACAGAACUAUACGUUUUUCCGCAGGCUACGGCAUGCAAGUGUCACACGUGCAAAUCUUCGGAGGCGUCUUGCGAGGGGUACCGGUAUAGAGAUUUUAAGUUCAUUUCCACUGAUGAAGUUUGAGGAAAUGUAUGAUUUGAAGAAAAAAAAUGCGAUGGAAUUACGACGACAGUAAACUGAAUACAACAUCAUAAAUAUAUAUAUAUACAUUUAUGUAUAUUAUUAUUAUUAUUAUUGUUAUUAUUAAUUCACACUUUCAUUUUUAUUUUCCUUUAUUCUUCGUUUAUAUUAUCUACUCGUCUAUUAUAACGUUGUUAUUAUCAUCACAUACUCGACAUAACACACUGACAUUAUUAUCUUGUACACUAUUAUAAUAUAUAUCAAAUAAAUUGUAUCUUAUUGUAAUCCGAAACUUGAAAACUA